AUGUCAGGAACUUUAUACGCUGCCGACCUUACUAGAGGUAAAGUUGUUAAAGCUUUAGUUAAACACUACAAAUUAGACUAUAAAAUUGAAGCUCCUAAUGAUGAAUUCAAAAAACAAUUCCCAUUAGGUUUAAUCCCAGCUUUAGUUGAAAAAGAUGGUUUAAAAAUCACCGAAUGUAUUGCUAUUGCCGUUAGAUUGGCUAGACAAGCUAACCCAGCUUUAUUAGGUGCUAAUGAUGACGAAUUUGACCAAAUUUUAUCAUGGGCUUCAUUUGCUAACAGUGAUAUCAUGAAACACUCUGUUGCUACUUGGGCUGGUAUCAUUGGUAAAGUUCCAUACAACAAAAAAUCAAGUGACCAAGGUUUACAAGAUUUAUUCACUUGUUGUGAUAUUGUUGAACAAAGAUUAUAUGAUUACACUUUCUUAGUUGGUGAAUCAUUAACUUUAGCUGAUUUAAUUGUUGCUCAAUCAUUCUGGAGAGUUUUCUGUUUUGUUAUGGGUCAAGAAGAAAGAAAGAAAUACCCAAACAUCUACAAAUGGUUCAACACUAUUAUUAACACUGACAUCUUAAAAUCUGAAUUCACUGAUUUCGAAUAUAUCGAAAAGAAGAAAGAAUUUGUUCCACCAAAGAAGGAAAAGAAAGCUCCAGCUCCAAAAGCUGAACAACCAAAGAAAGAAGCUGCUCCAAAAGCUGCUGCUGAAGAACCAGUUUCUGAAGAACCAAAAAAACCUAAACAUCCUUUAGAAUUAUUAGGUAAACCAAAACAAGCCAUUGAUGAAUGGAAGAGAGUUUACUCUAAUGAAGAAACUAGAGAAACCGCUAUCCCAUGGUUCUGGAAAAACAUGUAUGACCCAGAAGAAUGGUCAUUAUGGAAAGUCGAUUACAAAUAUAAUGAUGAAUUAACUUUAACUUUCAUGUCCAAUAACUUAGUUGGUGGUUUCUUUAACAGAUUAUCAGCUUCAACCAAAUAUAUGUUCGGUUGUAUGGUUGUUUACGGUGUUAACAACGAUAACGGUAUUACCGGUUUCUUCUUGGUCAGAGGUCAAGAACACGAACCAGCUUUCGAUGUUGCUCCAGAUUGGGAAUCAUAUGCUUUCACCAAAUUAGAACCAACUGAAGAAAACAAGAAAUUCAUUAACAAUAUGUUAGCUUGGGACGAACCAGUUGAAGUUGACGGUAAAAAGAUCGAAAUUGCCGAUGGUAAAGUCUUCAAAUAG